AUGGUUCGCAUUAAGAACCGCUACUUGCUGGUCGAUAUCCUAUAUCCUGGUUUGGAUAAUGCAACCACGAAUUCUAAGAUCCCAGAUGUGGUGCUUUUCAACCAGCCAACGACGGGCGGCCUCACAGCACAAGCCCUGUUAAGAGGGUUGAAGGCAGAAGUUGCGAAUAUAUUCGGGGAUUAUGGCUCUGGUGCUAUUGCGGAUAGCCUUGCUAUUAAAUAUUUGUCGCCUGCGACCUCGACCUUCAUUCUCCGGGUCUCACGCGAUCAUUACAGGAUUGCAUGGACUGCACUAACGCUCAUGAACAGUGUGCCAGUCCAGAAUGGCAGGGACUGUGUUUUCCGGGUUGUUCGAGUCAGCGGCACAAUGAGAAAGGCACAGCAAGAACUCAUUCGCAAGGCUAGGGAAAUGAUAUUGAAAGCGCAACAAGAGACGGGUGAACAAGGCGAUGCAACACUCGACAGCAUAUUCGGCAAGGGACCGGAUCAACCAGAU